UUUUUCCCCUCGGAAUAUCCGAAUAAAAGGCGGGUUCCUUAAUUCUUUUCAACAUUCAAUAGUGUACCGUUUCAAAAUUAGGAAAAAAACUGUAAAAGCUAAUGGUACACUAACAAACAACGUCAGUUUACAAAAUCAAAUUUCAAAAGGAUCAAAGAUUUCAAUAAUUUCCUCAAUAGAUCCCUCAAAUUUCGAUCCCCAAGACUUGCUGAUGCAGAGGAUAAUAUCAAUUACAUGGGAUUAUUUGAAUCAUAUAACACACAAUUAUCUUAGCAGUUAUUCAACACCAAUAUGGGCAACUAUAGUAGCUGGAUUAUUCGUAAUCCUUACUCUUACACUUUCUAUGUAUCUCCUCUUCGAACACCUUUCUGUUUACAAAAAUCCCGAGGAACAAAAGUUUUUGAUUGGAGUGAUAUUGAUGGUGCCUUGUUAUGCUAUUGAAUCAUUUGUGUCAUUGGUAAAUCCAGCGAUUACUGUUGAAAUCGGGAUACUACGUGAUUGCUAUGAAUCCUUUGCCAUGUACUGCUUUGGGAGGUAUCUUGUUGCGUGCUUAGGUGGAGAAAAGAGGACCAUAGCAUUUAUGAAAAGGGAAGGACGUGCAGGUUCAAAGAUGCCACUACUAGAGCAUGGCUCGGAAAAGGGGAUUGUUAAGCAUCAUUUUCCGAUGAAUUAUAUUUUCAAGCCAUGGAAACUUGGUCAGUGGGUUUACCAAGUUAUCAAGUUUGGAAUUGUCCAAUAUAUGAUAAUCAAAGCAUUUACUGCUACUUUAGCAGUGAUUCUUGAAGCUUUUGAUGUAUAUUGUGAAGGAGACUUCAAAUGGAAUUGUGGGUAUCCAUAUAUGGCUGUGGUUUUAAAUUUCAGUCAGUCAUGGGCAUUGUAUUGCUUAGUUCAAUUUUAUACUAUUACAAAGGAUGAGUUAUCUCACAUCAAGCCGCUGUACAAGUUUCUAACUUUCAAGUCAAUUGUUUUCUUAACUUGGUGGCAAGGCCUGGCAAUAGCCCUGCUUUCUACACUUGGUUUAUUUAAAAGUCCAAUAGCUCAAGCUUUGCAGUUUAAGUCCAGCAUUCAAGAUUUCAUCAUAUGCAUUGAGAUGGGCAUUGCCUCUGUGGUUCACCUCUAUGUCUUCCCUGCCAAGCCAUACGAGUUGAUGGGAGAGUGUUUUACUGGAGAUGUUGCAGUUCUUGGAGAUUAUGUAUCUGCUGACUUGCCAGUAGAUCCUGACGAGGUUAGAGAUAGUGAACGUCGUCCCAAAUCACGUCUUCCUCAACCAGACAUUGAUGAUAGGGGCGGAACAACCAUUCGAGAAAGUGUUAAAGAUAUCUUUGUUGGAGGUGGUGAAUAUAUAGUAAAUGACUUGAAAUUCACAGUAACCCAAGCAGUAGAACCUGUCGAGAAAGGAAUUCAAAAAUUACAUAAAAUCUCUCAGAACAUAAAGAAACACGAGAAAGGGAGAAAAAACAAGGACGAUAGUGGUGUUGCCACAUCACCUCCAGCGCGAAGAGUCAUACGUGGGAUAGAUGAUCCCCUUUUGAAUGGAAGCGUAAGUGAUAGUGGAACUUCUAGAAGGAAGAAGCACCGUAAAAAAUCUGAAUAUACCAGUGCAGAAAGUGGUGGAGAGAGUAGCAGUGAUCAGAACUUUGGUGCUAUUCAAGUUCGUGGUCAAAGGUGGGUUACCAAGGAUUAGUCAAGAAAGAAGGCUACGAAGCAAAAUACUAAAGGUUUGUGCAUAUUCGUUUAAUUCUGCACUACAUUGUUCUUCUGCUCUAAGGAAGUAGAAUUUUGGUUCAGGGAACUUCCCAUGGGCCUUCUUAUUUCAGUUUCUUAUUAGUCUUUUUAGAAAUGGAAGUGCUAGAUAUUACGAAAGCACUUCUUGAUUGAUUAUAUUUUGUCAUUGUUGUUGCACAUAAUGGGUCUCAGAAUGUUGUAUAGAUUUAUGUAUCCUCCUGGGUGUAUGAUCCCUCUCUGUAACAGGAUCAGUUAGCUUCAUUCAUCUGUCUUGUUUUUUUGUCUUUUUAAUCGAGAUUUACAGAAUGACAGCAUACAGUAAAUGUUGAUUUUUUCCCGAUGAUAUGGUGGAGAGUUGCUUUUAAGA